AUGAACAACUAUUAUGUUUAUAAGAAUAUAAUCCAACAUCUUUGGAGAGACAGACACACAACGCUGAAAUGGAAGUUACAACUUGCAUUGGUGUCAAAGAACUUCUUUAGAGUGAUAUCAGAAUGUCACUUUACAUCACUCUCAUUGCAGUCACCACGUGACUACUUUAGUGGCUUUGAUCCUUCAAUAUUGGACAGAGCACUGCAACAUAUUCAGUCUCCUUAUUGUCUGCUGAAGCGCACCUCCUAUCUGUCUUUCUACACCAGCUUGUACAAACAGUGUGCGGAGAGACUAUCCCCACUGAUUCAAUCAGCCGAGACUUUGUGGCUAGUUGGAAGUGAGAUCCCAACAUUGUCACAAUUGUUACUGGAGAACUUUGCCAAAGUCCAAUUACAGCCAGCACUCAGAGCGAUCAAGAUCAGCGCCAUUGAGACAGACGAGCUUGACAAGCUGACCCAGACCAUCUUUGGUGCCGACUCACCACUUGCCCACGUCAUCCUUUGCUCGCUGCUCAUCACCUGCAACAUCACAUACAUCGAUCCAGAGUUUCAACAGAUCAACAAUGACUCACAUGGAAUAUCAUUCGCCAAUCGAUUCCUCCAACUCACUGAGCUGACUCUUUGUGGCUUUGGAUCGUUUGGCGGAAUCCUUAGUGACAGACCGAUCGUCACCAGACUCACAACAUUGGUACUUGGCAGUGAUUGGACUCACUUCAACUCGUGUGGCAGGAAUUACUUCAAGAUCGCUGAUCCCGUGGCCUUCUUUGCUCUACUCUCCGAGAACCAAGUGCUGCAGCGACUGGACUUGUUCCUCUACAAUCAAACCGACAAUAAUGACUACAAGCCUUCAUUCUUCAACUACCUGGCUGGCAACCAGUCAUUGACCUCAUUGUCACUUGGCUUCAUUCGAGACAGAAACUACUUGCAGUUGAUUGGCACCAAGCACAACAUCAGACAUCUGCAGAUCAGCAUGAACGAACCCAUUGUCUUUGAAAAGGUGCGCUCAUUGAAGCUCUCAUCAAGGAGCGACCACAAUGUCUAUCAUCAGCUCAUCGCAAUCAAAGAUCACUUCCUCCAAAAUCCCGCCAGCUGUUGUCUGACAUCACUCAGUCUCAAGUUUAGUCAAUUCUGGAUGGUCACAGGCGACACCAUCUUCACACAUCUGACUUGA